GCUGCACUCUCGUGGUUUCCGGCGACGGUCGGUACUAUUCCAAGGACGCGGUUCAGAUCAUCGCCAAGCUCGCAGCCGGUAAUGGAGUUCGCCGGAUCUGGGUGGGUCAGGACAGCCUCCUCUCCACGCCAGCUGUGUCUGGAAUCAUCCGCGAUCGCGUCGGCAUCCAGGGGGACAAGGCGUACGGAGCGUUCAUCCUCACAGCGAGCCACAACCCCGGUGGGCCGCAUGAGGACUUUGGCAUCAAGUACAACUGCGAGAACGGAGGGCCGGCUCCCGAAGGCCUGACCAACCAGAUCUACCAGCACACCACUACCAUCUCCGAGCUUAAGAUCGCUGAAGGGCUACCCGAGGUGGACAUCAGCACCAUUGGCCUGCAGUCCUUUGAUGGUCCAAAUGGCAAGUUCGAGGUGGAGGUGUUCGAUUCUGCUGAGGACUACAUCAAGCUCAUGAAGACCAUCUUCGACUUUGAUGCCAUCCGGGGGCUCCUCAAGAACCCCAAGUUCGCAUUCUUGUUGGACGGGCUGCACGGUGUGGCGGGAGCAUACGCGGAGAAGCUGUUUGUGCGUGAGCUGGGAGUGCCAGCCUCGUCCCUCGUCAACUGCGUGCCAAAGGAGGACUUCGGAGGCGGCCAUCCCGACCCCAACCUGACCUACGCGCAUGACCUGGUGGAGGCCAUGGGGCUGGGCAAGCACCAGCCCGCUCAGGAGCCGCCUGAAUUCGGCGCUGCCUGUGACGGCGAUGCUGAUCGCAACAUGGUUCUGGGCAAAAGGUUCUUCGUGACGCCGUCUGACUCGGUGGCUAUCAUAGCAGCCAACGCGGAGGCCAGCAUCCCCUACUUCAAGGGCGGGCUCAAGGGCGUAGCCAGGAGCAUGCCCACGUCUGCGGCUCUCGAUGUUGUCGCCAAGGAACUCGGUCUCAAGUUCUUUGAGGUGCCGACCGGGUGGAAGUUCUUUGGCAACCUCAUGGAUGCGGGCAUGUGCUCUGUGUGUGGUGAAGAGAGCUUUGGCACAGGGUCGGACCACAUCAGGGAGAAGGACGGCAUGUGGGCUAUUCUGGCCUGGCUCUCCAUCUUGGCCAACAGGAACAGUGGCAGCAGUGAGGGGCAGCUGGUGACGGUGGAGGAGAUUGUGAGACAGCACUGGGCCAAGUAUGGCCGGCACUUCUACACCCGAUACGACUAUGAGGGAGUGGAUGCAGAGGGUGCAAAGAAGCUCAUGGCUAAUCUUGUCGCCAACCAAGCAGACAUCCCUGCACUCAACACGGCUGUGAAGGCAGCGAACAGCGCAGCAGCGGACGUGGUGAGGGGGGACGAGUUUGAGUACAAGGACCCUGUGGAUGGUUCCGUGUCAAGCCACCAGGGGAUCCGGUUCUUCUUCGCUGAUGGCUCCAGACUGAUCUUCCGUCUGUCGGGCACGGGGUCAGUGGGGGCGACCAUCCGUGUGUACAUUGAGCAAUACGUGGCCGAUAGCUCCAAGAUUGAUGGCAACCCGGCUGAUGUGCUUGCUCCCCUGGAGCGGCAUGUUCUCUUCGGCCUUCUCCUGAGCGCGUCGUACAAGUUAUGGCGAGCCAACACAGCCGAGGCAGCAUUUUCAUCCAUCAUGUUCAACACCAAGAUGAUUCUCGUCGCUCUCUUGUGGGCUGUGGAUCCCCGCAUAUGUGUCUGGUACCUCCUUGCCUUCACGUUGAUCUUUCUUCUUUGCCCCCAACGGUCACCAGCAACCCCAUCAGCAUCCGACGCCUUUCUUGAGAUGAUCCCGCGCCAGCUGGAGCUAGUGGCGCCAGUGGAAACUGCCACGCCAGCAUCCAACGUGCCAUGCCUGGUCAUGUUCUAUGCCAGCUGGUCACCCCCGUGCCAUCAGCACAUGUCUCUCUUUGUUGACAUUGCCAACCAGUACGGCCAAGGCCUCCAGAUUCACUUUGGCCGGUUGGAUGUCUCUCGAUUCCCGGACGUGGCCGAGAGAUUUUCUAUUGAUACUACCAUGUUCUCCUCUCAUCUUCCAACCCUCAUCCUCUUCCACAACGGCACCGAAGUCAACCGCCUGCCACCGCUCACUACCGCCUCCAGCACCAGCAGCAACAGGUUCAUACCCCGAGCCACGCCUUUCCUUUCCCCGUCCUCUCUGGCGCCUGGGCUCUACACACCUCCCCGGCUCACGAGAAGCAUGAUAGUGGGUGCGUUUCAGCUGGACUUGUGGAGAAUGAAGGGUUCUCUAGCGACGUGCAAGGCAGAGAAGCAGCAGAAGGGGAGGAAGGAAGGCCAGGCACAGGGGCAGCAGCAGGGGGGGAAGGAGAAUGAGCAGGAGCAGGAUGAGAAGAAAGAGCGGUAG